AUGUUUGUCUUCAUGAUUUCCAUCUUGAUGCUGCAUCAAGUGUAUUCUGCUUGUCAAGUGGUAAACAUUUUCACAGGCAACACAGCAGUUCAGGCUGGGAUUGUUGACCAGCACAAUGCCUUCAGGAGAGCGGUUGAGCCGACUGCUGCUGACAUGCUAAUGAUGAGUUGGAGUGAUGAGGUGGCAGCCAGCGCUCAGGCAUGGGUCGACAAGUGUGUUUUGGCUCACGGACCAUCCAGCACUCGCAUGCUUGGAGGCUAUGAAUUAGGGCAGAAUCUGUUCUUCGCCAGAUCACUGCGCAGCUGGGAGAAAGUCAUCAAGGCCUGGUACAGUGAGGUGGCGAAUUACCGGUACCCCAACGGAUCCAAUGGCCGAGCUAUCGGUCACUACACACAGGUGGUGUGGAACAGCUCCUACAAAGUUGGCUGUGGAGUAGCCUUGUGCCCUAACAGCAUCUAUUACUAUGGCUGCAACUAUUACCGAGCGGGGAACUACAGGGGAGUGGCUCCAUACAAGGCCGGCACCCCGUGCAGCUCCUGUCCAAAAGCCUGUGACAAUAAACUUUGCACCAACCCCUGUCCAUAUAUAAACAAGUACUCCAACUGUGCAGCCUUGAAAAAACAGGCUGGGUGUGGCAACGUCCUGGUGAACGCCUGGUGUCCGGCCGAAUGCAAAUGUACAGACACAAUCAUUCCAAUAGGCAAAAAAUAAACCCUCCCUGUUAAGGUUUUGUAGCUCACUGACUUGCAGUAACAUUGCCAGUAAUUGUCUUGAUGCAUGCUCAAUA